UCAAAUGUCAACAUCAAGCUGUAGCAAAUAAUUAUUUGUUAUUCAUUUUCGAGAUUUUCGUCUUAUUGCAGUGUACAUUGUUUAAAUUUGUAUCAAAUGUAAACACCAAAUGUUGACAUGAAGUAGAAGCUAUUAUCACAGAUAUUGCACGAAUCUGGGAAUGAAUAAAAGCGAAAUACAUUAGAGUCAUCAUGGCAAGUGGCAAAUUGACUGAGUCCGCAGAACAUGACAUGUACAUUACCCAGCUGCGGGAAGUGUUUGAGUCAUGUGACCAGACUGGUUCCUGUCGACUAGAUCGGGAAGAAUUGUUCUUGCUCUGCGAAAAGCUUCAGCUGGAGGACCAGUCAGAAUUCCUGGUCAAUGAGCUUCUGAAAGACAUAGAUGAGGUAGACUUUGAGGAAUUCAAAAAAUCGUUUGUGAACAUCCUAUGUCAGUCAUAUGUUCAGAAUCAGGCCUCAUCUGAUGAGGAAGAAUCUGCCAGCGAGGAAGAUAGUGAUGACAACGAUGAACAAAUGGACAAGGACGAGCUCGGUACCUCAAUAAAGCGAGAGGUAAGCCCAAAGUACGAGCUCGGUGAGAAGCGCUACGGUCGCCUCUCACUCCCUGUCAGCACUGAGGAGCUGGAAGAACUGUCAGUUGCCAAUGAGGAUGAUGAUGCUGCAUCAACAACGCGGUCACUCAAGCACUCCCUGGUUGUGGACGAGGGCUCUGAUUCUGAGGGGACUGGCAGUGAGAGUCAGAAGAAGAGACGUAGACACGAGGGCCAUGACUCCAUCUCUGACGGGGAUGAGACGGAAACAUUUGAAGCUGAAGGCCAAUUGAACCUAAUGAUGGCUGACAGUGAGGCCCUGACAGAGGAAGAGAGCUACCUACGGGACAUCUGGCGGAACCUUGGGGUCGGCAACACCGGCUACAUUGACAUCAAGGAGCUUGCGCGUGUCUGUACCCACAUCGGCAUGGAGGAGAUGAACAACAUGCAACUGAAGCAGCUGUUUGACAAGCUUGAUGCAGAUGGGGAUGGGCGUGUUUCAUUCAGGGAGUUUCAGCAGGAACUGUUCCAGCACACUCCCCCCAACCCUGUCCAGGCCCCACCCCUCAGGAGCAGGGGAACCACCCCGACUAGAGCCUUGUCUGCCCAGAAGAAGCUGAAAUUCCCCAGUGGUGAGGAUAGGGCCACACCUUCAAUGGUGCAUGGUGCUGGCAUCACUGGUCUGUUCUCUGAACUGGAUCCAGAUAAAACUGGGUUUGCCACACCAGAUGAAAUCACAGAUCUGUGGGAGAAGUACAAUGUUACCAAACCAGCUGAUGUUCUACUGGCUUUAGGCUUUGAUCUUGGUGCAAAAGUGAGCCUGAGUGAGCUGUCAGCUGCCCUGGAACAGGAGUUGUACAAUGUAGAAGACCAGUCCAUUGUGUACCAGGCUGCUACCGCCACCCUGCAGCACGAAGUCUCACACCUCCGGUCAUCCCUAGAGCAGGCAUGCUGGGCAGAGGAAAAGUUACGCCAGGACCUUGGGGAGGCAAAUGCUCGAAACGCACUUCUGGCCAAGGAGGUGGAUGAACGCCAUGCCAACAUGGAGAAGGCCUCACACACAAAACUCUUUAAACUGUUGUGUGGCAUUAAGUCCACAUACAUAGCCAUAGAGCAGAAGUACCAGGAACAGAUUAAGACCCUUCAAGGGGACCUGGAUAAAGAGAGGGAGAACCUCACCCAGCUUUCGUCAAAACACAGGCAGGGCCUCUAUAACGAAAUGGAGGAAUUAAGGAAAGAGGAGGCCCAGCUUAGGGAACACCUCAGCCUGGCACAGAAGGAACUUGGUCGUCAAGGAGAUGACCUUGAGCAGGUCACAGGUCAGCUGGAGGAGUCACAGCGCCAGUGUCAGAGGCUGCAGAGGGAACUGGAUAAUACACAUGACUUACACAGAAAGUUAGCCGAGUAUGAGAGUAAGGGAGUAAUGAGUCCGGAGGAGCAGCAGUUUACCCAGGAGAAACUGCAGAGGCUAGAGAUGGAGAACAAGGAUCUGAAGGACCACAAUGAUGAGCUCACUGUGGAACUAGAGAGCAUGAAACAGCAUAUCACACCCGGCCGUCCUGACCCCGGGGACGGCAACCUAGGGAUCCCCAUCAGAAAGGACGGCUCCAUCAUGUCUGACUACAUCAAACCCAUCGUUGUACAGAAACACUCCUACUCUUCUGCUGAAUACUCAGAUGAUGAGGGACGCGCCAGCAGUGCGCAAGGGAGACGACUGCCACCAGCUCCAUAUGAGGAAGAUGACAUCAGGAAGCGCCUUUUUAAGUCCGCUUAUAGACAGUACAUCACAGGUGUAGGCAGCCCAGAAGACAAGGAGGUCAUAUUAGAACUCCGUGGAGAACUUGCGGAGCUCCAUCGCGAGUUAGAUGAGAGCCGUCAGGUGCAGGAGAUAGAGCGUCGGGACAUUGAGCAGGCUUGCCGACUGGAGGUGACGGCCAUAGAGGAGAGACACGACGCUGAGAAGGCGCAGCUGCUGCACCAUAUAGAGGAGGAAAAGACCAAGUUGGCUGAGGACUUCCAGCGACUGCAGCAAGAGGCCUUAUCAGAACUGGCGAAGGAGCUGCAGAACGACUUUGCCCAUGAGAAAGACGCCUUAGUACAGAAACACACAUCUGAGGUGAACCAUCACUCACAGAAACAUAAAGAAGAUAGGGAAGCUCUUAUACAGAGACUAAAGUCAGAGCAAAAGGAGGCCCUGGAGAAACAAAAGAAAGACCUACAGUCCAUGUUUGACCACGAGAAAUUUCAGUUAGAGGAGGCCCUGGCUGAGAGCGAACCAUUCAUUAAAGGCCUGGAAGAGAAAAUCCGACAACUUGAGGCCCGGCUAGAGGAUCAAAGCACAGAGAGCGAACGGGAGUUACGGAGACAGAAGGUGGAUAUGGAGGGGAUGUUGACUCGUCACAUGCAAACCAUUGAAGAUGUUGAGAAACAGAAACAUGAGUCAGAGGUCAGGCUGAAGAAACAGAUACAGGAGAGUGAGACUCAGCACAGGGAGACCCUGAUAGAGGUCAAAGGAGAGCAGGAUGCUUUACGACUGAAGGUCCGGGAGGCAGAGCAGAGCAAGGCAAGCCUGGAGCUAGAACUGGCACAGCAAAAGGAUGAGCUUGAGGUUUCAUUCCGACAGGAAAAACAUGAGAUUACUCAGCUAUACGAGGCCAGGGUCCAUGAGCUUGAAGGUGAACUGAAUGAGGCAAGGAAAGAGGUGCAGGAUAUAUUGGCUGGGGGUGUGGGUUGCCUAAAGGGUAAACUGAGGAAAGACUUUGAUGCCCUGGUGGACAGUGUGACUGGUGAUCGCCUGACCAAGGAGAGGGCUGCUCUGGGGAAGGAUGUGGAGGCACGCCUACAGCAGGAGUUUGAGACAAGAAACUCCGAACUGUCUCAUGUGUUUGAGCGAGAGAAGAGUGAAAUACAAGAGCGAUAUGAGAAUGAAAUAUCCCUGCUCCGCGGUGAGUUGGAUCGGCUCCAUGGUAAACUGGACACAGAGCGAGAGGCAAUGGUGCAACAGUACACAGAGCAGAAGCACAGUCUGGAGGAGCAGCUGGCACAGCAGAUACGGGAGGAACUCGAGGCAGAGUUUGCUGAACAGCUGGAGGAGCUCCGUGAGGCCUGGGAGGAGGAAAAAAAUGGGCACCAGUCCAGGGCUGCCUUACUGGAACAGGAAGUGGGAGAGCUGCAGAGAGAGGUUGAGGCUGGGAACCAGACCAGGAGGAAACUGGACGAAUUAAAGAAGGUCAACAAUAAACUGCUGCAUGAAAAAAGACAGGCGGAGAAGAAGGCAGGCGAGGUGCAAGUGGCAAUGAGGGAGACCAAGUCAGCCCUUGAAGGGAGGAUUGAUGAACUACUGGCAGAGAAGGAAGGGGCCAUCACUGCUGUGAAGACACAGUUCAUGGAGUCCUCCAAACAGAGUGGAAAGGACAAGGCUGCAUAUGAGGCUCUGGUGCUAGAGAAAGAGGGUUUAGAGAGGAAACUGGCCUCUCUUACACAGGAGUUGGCUGAUGUCAACAAUAAGCACCAUAAUAGCAGAGAACUGCAGAAUCAGAUGGAGAAUUUUAAGAGAGAGUAUGAAGAGCUAAAGUCCAAACCCAGUGAUGCAGAACAGAACUCAGGAAUAGUGCCUGAACAUGCACAGAGAGCCAUUGGUGAGCUGACCAGGGAGAGGGCAGAGCUACAGGAAAGGCUUGUUGACCUGCAGACUAGAUAUGAUGAGGUGGAGGACAUGGCCAAGAAAUAUACACACCUUCAGUUUGACUAUGGUCAGAUGACCAUUGGUCAGUCUGUAGUGGAGGAGACCCUGCGGGACACCCAGGACAAUCUUGCUGACGCUCACGCCAAACUGAUCCAGUGUGAACGAGAACUCCGGGAUGCGGCAAGAUACAAGGAUAAAUACAAACUGUUACAGAAGAAGUAUGAGGAUGUAUGUCGUGAACGUGACAAGAUGUCGCACCUCGCCAAGUCCCUCAAGGAAAACCUCAACAUGGCCAGCACGGCACAGCAGGCAGACAACCAGGAUAAGGGACAGCUGACAACUGUUUUGGAAGAAAAGAAGCAGCUUGAACAACAGCUACAGAAGAUCAGUGACAAGCUACUUGAAGCGACGACCAACUUCUCGAUCAGCCAAUCAGAGCACAUCCGUGAGUUACAGCAGUGGAAGGAGCAGUGUGGGAACAUGGUUGACCUACAGAAGUACACGCGUCUCCAGAUAGACCUUGUAGACAACCAGCGAUCCCUCCGAGACCUCCAGCAAGUUCUACAGACUAAGGAAGAAACAUCCACACACGUCUUCAAGCAUACAAGUGAGAAGCAUGUGGAGGAGGUCCGCUCCCUGGAAGACCAGAAGGCCUCUCUGCUGAGGAAACUGACAAGCCUGCAAGAAAUACUCGACUCUCAGAUUGACAAGUUUAAGCAACAGUAUGAGGCUAGUGAGAAGCGCAACGCCCUGGUUGUGGACCUGUACAAGGAGAACGCAGACCUGAUGGAUACCCUCUACCGGGUCGAGGAGCAGAAGAAGGAUGCCGUUUCACGGUGUUACCGACUUGAGGACCAGUGUAACAACCUACGCCAGAUGCUAAAACGUCUUGCUAAAGUGGCAGUCACAUGAUUAUGUGGAAUUUGAUAUGGGCAUUACAGAACUGUUUUACACUGUGGAUACACAGUCAGAUGAGCAAAGGAAGGCUUAGAAAUGUGUGCAUCUGCAAGCUGCAUUACUAAGUUGAUUGAAACACAAUUGAAAUGCCUAGGCUAGACAAACUGCUGUUUUGAUUGAUUUUGGAAGUUGGCGUGUUUCAAAUACAUGAAAAUGACAGUAGCAUUACCAUAGGGCAAUUAAAAUACUCUUAAAAAUGUCUGUGGCAUGAAUGGAUUGUUAACACUUAUGAUAUGCACAGCACUGUUUCUGUGGUGAAUUACUGCAAUAGGCAUAAUUAUUUUACAGACAUUCUGUCUCAGGAAUAUAUAGCAAGCCAAAUAAUUGACUAUGCACAACAGCAUAAUGCUGAUUGAAGUGUUAGCUUUGAUAGUGUUUGCCGUACUGAUGCUAUGUUUAUUUUAGUAUUAAGUUGCACUGAAGGGAAAGCGGUUUACGGCAUAGAUUGCUUGUACAACAGAAUAGAGUUUGGAUUUGAUGAAGGUAAAAUGUGUUCAUACAUGUUGAUGAUAUUAUUUUCAUGCUUAUAAGGAUUUUAGCCAGGUUUUAAAUAGUACAGGUGCUCUAGAAGAGGGACAGGGUACUAAGGCAGAAAAAAGGCGCAUUGAAUCAGGCUGUCAAGAACUUUAACAUUAUGAAUUUUGACCAAAAAUGUUAAGAAUUACGAUCAAUUGAAUAAAUAUGAAGUUUAAUGCCAAAUAUGUAAAGUUUGUAUGUAUAUAUUAUCUUCAUAUAUUUUUUAUUUAGAACAAAAGAAAUAAAGCAUUUAAUUCAAUGAAUGCAGAAGGGUGCUCAUAGUGGUCUUCAUGAGGGCAGAAGCGUUGCCAGAAAAGGGUUAAGCACCCUUCCAUAACUCUUAAGCUAAAACCUUAUGCUUUUUGUACUUGUACAUUUGCACUGUGUGCUAAACUUUGGUAUUUGGGUUUAAAGGUUGUUUUAUUUCUGUACAAACAUUCAUAUAAUGCAUACAUGUAACAUAUCAAGAGCUAAGAUUUCAGACAUCUUCAAGACCUCAGAAUUGGUUAAUUUUAAGUUCAAAAGCUUCUCAUAAAAUUUCAAUUUUGAAAUAAUUGAAGAUAUUGACAUGGAACCUGGUAAACAUUUUUUGUAAUAAAAUUAUUUUAUAUUUGUUUAUUCAAGCAAACCGCUUUUAUUUCCUGUUUCUAAAUGUUGAUAAUUUAUGUAUGAAAUUAUUGAUACAUGUACGCACUAUUUAUUUUUAAAAACUAUAUACUUUUAUGUGUACAAGUUUUUAUUUAAUUUCUAAAUUAGUACCAAGUGAAUCAUUUUGAUGUUCCAUGGUUAUUAAUUGCCAUAAGCUUUACUGUGGGAGACAUAAAUGUCUUGUCUGGGAAUCUAUCACAUGUUCUUGUAUUGAUUUUUGUCCUGCACUGUGUUUUUGUUUUUUUAUUUGUCAUUAAUUGGCAUGAUGCUUAAUCAGAUUGAGACCACCCAGGAGUAUAACCUACUUUAUUCAAAUAAAAGUAUUUAUUAAAUUCCAAGUCCACAUGCAUUUGUUUGUCCAGAACUGUGACUAGUAAAUCUCUCCUUUGGUUUGACAAGUAUCAAUAUUUAUAUCAGGGUGUUUUAGUGUCAUGUCAACCAGUUGAUUGUAAUACACAUUUGCUGUUUUUGAAUUGUGCAAUCUACACUUGCCAUUUUGUAGGACAUACACACAUUUUUAUAGUAUACAUGAUUAUGUAUGUAUGUGUAAUUUAUUUCUUCAGCACAUUCCGUCCGUAACAUAUUUAUAAAAUGGGUAUUUUUGCAAUAAAAACUAGA